GUCGACUACCUCGCCACUGACCACUGACAGGCUCAUUGUCGUCUCCUCUGUAGCUCGCAGGUUGUGGCCACUUUCACGUGAGAGCGGAAGUUCAAAGGUCGCCGCAGAUUGCGCGUCAGUCUUGACAUUUGUCCACCGCCGACAGACAAUCUGCCUGGACCUUGCUAUCGCGGCCACGGCACUAGAGAACAGCACAUCGCGCUGCCGAGACGCCGUCAACCCUCCCUUUCCCCACUGGGCAUGCGCGCGCCGCCCAUACACGACGACGCCGACGGACAGCAGCAUCGCCAGCGUCCUUGAACCCCGCACAUGAACCUUGACAGUAUCGGCGGCAUGCCCCACCCCCACCCGACCCCUAUCUCGCGCCCAUCCGAGCUAAGUGCAAAGGCGUGCGAUGCAUGCCGCAUUCGCAAGAUCGGAUGUGAUCGCUCGACGAGCCUCAACGGCCAGUGUACGGGCUGCACCAAGGCGGCUAUCCCUUGCACAUUCACGCACAUCCGACAAAAGUCGGGCCCGGCACCAGGAUCCCAACGCAGGACGUCGUCGUCGUCGGCCCCAUUACGCUUGUCGAUGCCCCCACAGCCCGUGCCGCCCGUGAUGGCCGAUUUCCCCGUGGGUAUGUUUGCGCGGUCGGUCGACGCCGCAGCAGCAGGCUUCGACCCGCGCGCGACGAUGCUCGACGUCGUGCCCAUGGAGGCGGGCCCGUCCGGGGUAGUACCGUCCGUCAUGUCGCUCUCCGCGCCGCUGCCCCCGCCGCUGCCCCCACCACCGCCGCUCGAGAUGCAGACGUCGCCAAUCUACAUGGCGUCAGAGCUGCGUCCCAACCCGCUUGAACAGUAUUUACCGCGGCAAACCCUCGACGCCCUCGUCAAGCUGUGGUACGACUACGUCUUCUGGCUCGUGCCGUACCCCCACCGCCCGACGUUUGAGCGCGACCUCGCUGCCCGGCGCGAGGAGGGCGACGGCCAGGAAGAGUGGACAGCCAUGGUUGUCGCACUCGUCAUGUACACCAUCGUCCACAUACCCAAGAACAACAUGCCAAUACCGUCCGACGAGGUGACCAACCUCCUGCACAAGACGUACAGCGCGUCGUUGGAUUUCCUCGGAAAGCCAUUUGUGACGUACACGUCUUGUCGAUUCUUCAUCAUCUACGCGUAUGUCGGUACGUACACCACGAUGGACCCAAUAGAGGGCGAGAUGAUGCGCCGCAUGUGGUGGUUGAUGUACGGCUCUGACCGGUCCGGCGGGAUCCACGAGGACACAAGGCUGCUCAUCAACGAGUCGCUGUGUAGCGGGCUUCACCUGCCCUCGACCGUCGACGACGAGCAGCUGUACCAGUCAGCAACGGGUACCCCCACCGAGGACUCGGUUGCGUCGCCGGCGGUAUCGCCGUUGCUGGGGUACUACUAUUGCUCGGCAAUGUACAGAAUAUGUGGCAAGAUCCUCUCGCGACGAGAGCAGGACGCGGUCGCGCCGCCAUCCGGGGCGGCCCUCUUCACGCGCAUAGCCGAGCUCGACGCCCUCAUCCAGGAACUCGACGACGUCUUCAUCGACAUGCCAGAUUUCCUCAAGAUCAACAUGGAGAUUGAUACGGAGAGGUCUCCCGCAUCCUUCCCACCAGCUUCGUGGCGCCAGAAUACCAACCUCUCGCUCACCGACCACGGCAUCAUGGUGCAGCAGUCGAAUCUCUACGUGACGCAACAAGCAAUGCGACUCGUCGCGGUGCAGUACCGCCGCGACCUGGUCCAGCUGCGCUGGCAGUCGCCAGUCGUCCCAUGGCCGGACAACCACUCGGCACCAGUGUACAGUGACGAGUACCGCAAGGCCAAGCUGCGGCAGAACGACGCGACGUUCCGCAAGGCGCGCGACCUCGUCAUGUCCAACAUGCUCAAGGUGUUGCGUGCGCUGCCGAUCGAGCUGAUAGCAAUCAACCACUUUCCUGGCCUGAGCAAGAUCCGCUACGUCGCGUCGACACUCCUGCCUGAUAUCGAGACGGCCAACGCGCACCAGGCUGGUGUGGGUGGCCUGCCGUCGGGCCCCUCCAUGUCGGUCAUGUACUUGCGCCAAUACAUCGACUACCUCUCCCGACUCGACACCAUGUCGGCCAUUGCCCCACUACGGGACAGGCUCAACGCUGCGGGGGUCGGCGCUGCCGGCGCCGGAUGAGCUUGCAGCAUGGUCCAUACCUUUGUAGCGCUUGUAGCCUACCUAUAUUACCUCUACAUUGUGC